AUGGAGCUGAACCCGAUCCGGCACCAUGCCUACAAAGUCCUCCUCAACCGCGACUCCCAGAUGUCCUGCAACUACACCACUUUCACUGAGAGUCAGCCGCAGGCCACGGUAAUGAGGGUCUUGAAGGGAUUUCCCCUUGUUUCUCGUUAAGUUAAUCAGACAACUUUUAAAGGCAGUAGACCCGUCCUUCUAAGUUUUCCAAAAUUAAAGUUUUUACUACCCCCCUCAGGCUUAAACUUGUAUGUGGACUACCUCCGUGAAGUUGAAUUUUGAUCUUAUUCCUUCUUUUCUGAAAUAUACUUUUCUAAAAUGAUCAACUUUUUUUGUUGUCUUUUUUUCUGGUAGGAAUGCGCCAAAUUUGGCUCAAAGUUCGACUUCUAAAGGAAAUAAAAAAACUAGAAAAAUGUAUUUUUUUAAAAGCUUACUUAGAUCUGGACUUAAUUUUGUCUUUAAGGAGUUUAAUUUCAUUUGAUUUGGCCGGCUAAAAUUUUUUUCUAAGAGCUUUACAGAAAUUUUGGAGUAAAUAUUCAAAAUCAGAGUGAAAAAGCUGGUUAUAGAGAUCAUUUGCUAUUAAUUUAAAAAUCUCAUUUUAAGCCCCUUUUUUUAAAGAGAUAAGAAUGAUUUUUUUGAAGAUUCUUCUCGUUUUUUUAAGAUUCUUUUAUCUUUCCUAUCUUUUUCUCGGCGUUCCCUGAACCCGGCUCGAAAAUUUCAUUUUUUUUAUUUUCCAGAAAAAAAUGGAUUAUUUUUUUCUUGAUUAAAAGCUUACCCUGCAAAUAAUUCGAUUUUCAAGCUUCUUCUAGAUUUUUUUGCCUUUUGACGGGUUUCCACCGACUUUUUAAGCUACUAACAAUAUUUUUUUAAAAUGAAAUUCAUUUUUUUCAAUUUGUUUUUUAUUGCUCAGUAACUAUUUGAAACGUAGACUGAACUGAAAGGCUGAAAAAAUCCCAGUUUCUUUAUUUUAACCCAAUCUGUUUCAAACCUAGGGUAAAUAUCGAAAAAAUAGUUUCUUUACUACAAAGUUUUCUAUCGAAGCGUUCUAUUCAAGUAUUAAAUUUCAUGCUCAAAGGAAAAUAGCGUAUUUUCCGUGAACUCAACGAUUUUUUGGAUUUUUUUUUUCAUUUGGGUAUUUUUUAAACGUUUUUUUUAAUUUCCUAAAAUUUUUUUCUUUUUUUCUAGCUUUUAUAAAUCUAUUCAAAAUAAUAUUUUUCCAGAAACUUGAAAAAAAUCAAACAAUUAUUUUCCAACCUCCAGAUUUAAUUCAUUUAUGUGCGUGGGAUCUCACCUUUUGUUGGUUUUCAAAGGGAUUCUUCCCUAAUUCAAAGUCUUCAUGACGAAUUUCAUCAUCAUGUCUUUUGCUUUGUUAAGAAUUUCUUUUGAUACAAGAUUAAAUGGAAUAAUAAGCACUGAUUUCGGAACAAAAAUCUGUUUUUCGACAACAUCUCAGCUGAAACAAUUGCACAUAAUCUCUUAACAAAAAAAGACUUUGUCCUCUCGAUUGGCGUCAUAAUUAUAUUGACAAACUAGAUUUGCGGUUUCUAAUGAAGUUCAAGGCAAGUUUUUGGAACCUUUUUUGGACUUUCCAAGGUUUCGUGGACUUUAUGAACUACCCGAUCAUGAUUGGCCACUUUUUAUGAUUUGUUGACGUUCCAAGGAAGAAAUAAAUAAGGUGCCAAAUGUGCUCGAGGGCAAACGCGGAAAUUCUUGCCAAUUUCUGGCCGCCCACACGAUUUUCCUCUUCAUUUACUGUGGGAAAGUGAUGUUUCUUUUUUUCUGAAUUUGCUAAGGGGAUUUUUUCUAGAAAAGUCCCACGACUACUUUUAAAAUUUGUAGUUUCUCAAGAUUUUUGAGUCGGGCUUGAUUGGAGAAAUGAAUAGAUUAAGUGAGUGAAAAUUUCCUGCAACUUGGAGGGUUAUGGUCACAUUUGGAAUGGCUUUUUCGGAAUGCCCCCGACUUGAAACGACUUGCGCGGGGUGACAUCGAAUAGUAUUAGAGAAUUGUUGAGCCAUUCCAAGUGCGACCACGAUUUAAGUUGAAUAGAACGAAGGUGAUGAAGAAAAAAGAGUGAUUUUUGGUUUUUUCAGAAUGGAAAUUCUCUCGAGGAAGGCAAAGUGUCAUUGGCUCUAUUACGGGAUAAUUCAGGUAAUUAUUUGAUAAAAAAAUUUUUGUGAAAAUUUUAAUCCUUCUAACUUUUUUCCCUGUUUCAAAGCUGUUUCAUCAGAUCAUUCCUUAUUGGAAUUUUUUUCGAUAAAUCCCUUGCAAUGAAAUUUAUUUUUCUUUUUGCCAACAGGGUUAUUUGAAAGGGAUAACAAACUUUGAAAGUUCCUAAUUUUAAAGACCAAAAGUUAUUAUUUUUUUCAUAAAAGACCUUCAAAAAAAUUUCUAGUUAGCCUAUUGAAUAGGCAAAAUCGGAAAGGGUGGAAAAAGGCUUCAUAGAAAUUUUCCUUUUAGGGAAAAAAGGCUCCGUUUUUGCUGCCUUUUUGGGGCAUCUCACAGGCCAUUUUGCACCAUUUUUGCUGCCUCUCCCUUUUUCCACCAUUUCUUGAGCUUUUAAAAUCCCAGAAAACUGGAAGGUUCGAUAAAGGGACUCUCUUUGAUACCUUUCUGCGGCCUUUUUCGAGCCUCUCUCUUUUAACGGUCAUUAUUCACCCUUCAAACUUCACCCGAGUAGGAACGAAGUACCAAUUUCUGUAUUCAUUCUCGAAUUAAAGUUUUCCCUGAAACUGGAACCACAGUUAUCCUUCUAUCAAUGUUCCAGGACGAUCUCCUUCGCGUCGGUGUUCGGCUCGCAAGUGGCGUCUCCUCAUAGCUUUUUCCGCCUUCCUUCUUCUCACCGCUCUUUUCGCCGCCACUCUCGUUUUCCACUACAGAACCUUGCGUAUGUUCCUGAGUCAGAUUCUGAAGCAUCUAACGUCUUCUAGAAAAAAAAAUAAUAUUGAUCAUUCUUACGUGGAAAGUUCACCACAAAAGUUUAUGAUAUUCCUCUUUUUCCUUUUAAGUUCAAUUUUGAACUUGUAACUCGAGUGAAGCUGGUUUCCUUCAGCUUGUACGACGGAGUCGUGCGUAAAGACGGCGGCUCGACUUCUGAAAAACAUGAACGUCGCCGCCGCCCCCUGCGACGACUUCUACGAGUUCGCCUGCGGCAACUGGAUCAACACCAGCAUCAACCUCCACUACAACGCCUUCAACACGGUCUACGAGACGGCCAUUCACGCCCAGGACACUGUUGUCAACGCUAUCCAGAAAAGUUCGUUGGAUUCGAAAAAAAGAGAAUUUGAAUUUCUAAAGAUGAGCAGAGAAGUAAAAGGUGCAAGAAGAAAGCAGGAAAAGCUUUAAAAAAUUAAUCGAAAUGCUUUUUUUAAACGUUACUAUAGCCGUCUCCAUUUAUCACGGUUUCAAGAAUCAUUUCGAAAAAUCACGUUUUUUUUCUUUUUUGACGGACUUUUUCUUCAAACUGAAUUCCGGUCAAGUUACUAAAUUUUUCUGGUCACCCCCCACAAUAAGUCCGGGAGGAGGAGUUCACUUCCAAAAAUUUUUUUCAAAAUUAACGAAUAAGGUCAAGUUUUAACUUCAGGAAGGUAAACAUUUUUUUUUUACCUCCAGGAGGUAAUUCUGAAUUUUAUUGGGAAAAUCUUGGGAGGAGGGGUCAGCUUUUGAGUUUCUUCAUUUAUGAUCCGUGUUAGUUUUUCAUUGAAACAAGAAAAAAAAAUGUUCAAAAAUUGAGCCAGGGCUUCCAUAGAGUUUGAAUCUGCUUUUUGAGUCCGUAAACAACAAAAUGACCUGUUUUCAGCUUCUAUUUUUAGUUCAAUGAUCAUUCUCUGUUCAGUAAUCGAGGGUACCUUCGAAAUGCCACUGAACGACGGCGAAAGGGCCGCGGCUGAACUCUACCGCCAAUGUACCGACCUGGACACUCUCUACACCAUCGGCCUCAACACCUGGCUUCGAUUUGUUGAUGUAAAUUAUUUUUUGAUCAUAUAGUCAAAAAAAAAUGCCACAACUUUUUUGAAUGCUUUUAUUAAAUUUUUCGUCAUGCGAUCUAGGAAAGAUUUUUGAGAUAUUGGCCAUGAAAGGUUGCUCUAUUGAGCAGAGGUUACGGUAAGCGACUUUGGUGUAGUCAGAGCUUUUGAAGGCAUAGGGGCAGUAAAAAAUGGGGUUUCAGGUGAAAGCAGUAUCUUAUACAGUUUUUCUUUGCGAAUCGAAUGGUGUACUCAAAAAAAUUAAAUAUGUGACCACUUUAGAAGAAAAACGCGAACUUACUUUCCCGCCUUUAUUUUUGAAAAAAGCUUUGGAUCGGCCUACGGACAAAUGUUUACAGUAGCCGUACACGCGAUGUUGCGGACGUCUCAUUAGACUUGCAUUUUGUGUGAAAUAACCUGAUAUCUGCUUCAAAUAAAGGGUUCUUUCUCUGAAAAAACGAUUAAGAAAAUAGAAAACACACAUUGAUAAUAAAGAAAACACAAAAUAUCGCUAUCCCAAUCGAAACCUGUGUAAAAUCAUCAUUUUUACCAGAAAAGCAUUUUUGCGACCAAAGUUUGCAAAUUAUACAUGAAUAGAAAGCUUUUGUGACGGAAAGAACUUUGGUGACAACAGAAAAAAUUGAAAAUUGAAAGAAACGAAUAAAAAAGCGAAAAUCCGGAAGAUGGCGAAGCCUGUUCUCCAUAGAGCAACUUUACUGCAAAGCGCCCUUUUUGCGGGAACUCAAAAUUUCCUCUCUCCGACUUUGAAUUAUUUUUUCUCCAAAACUAGGAACUUCUGUACGUUUUCAAGUUUACCGUUCGAUUCGCAAUGAAAAGCUCUACAAAAUACUGCUUUGAACUAAAACACCGUUUUUUACUGCCCCUAUGCCUUUGAGAAGCUUUUGAGAAGAAAUAAACACCUUGAAAGUUGAAAUAUCAUUAGAAAGGCGACGAAAAGCUCUAAAAAAAAGUUUGAACCUAAAUCUUAUCUUAACGAUGCUAGAGCGGUCCCUAGAGGGGUUAGGAGAAAAAGCAGCCCCUAAAGGGGACAUAUUUAGGUCCUCUCAAAGUUCAACAAUGAUCGUCAAGCAUGUUCUUAUAGGAACCACUUCUGGCCGCAAGUGGUCCCUAUAGAAGGAGCUGAAGUGAUCACUAAAGGGAAACCAUCAAAGACCCAUAAGAUCGCCCCCUAGAGGGACCACUCUGGAGUUCCCAAGAUGUGUUACGUCUCAAAAAUGCCUCAAUAUGCAGGAGCUCGGCGGCUGGCUUCCUGAGCUCUACGAGCCGGAAGAUGAGCUCGACGACGACGUUCGGGAAGACUUAGAACUCGAAAAAACCAUCCUCAGCGCGUUCAAUUACACGGUUUUCCCGCUGUUCUGGGCCGGCGUCGAAGUCAACUACCUCGAUUCGUCGUCUUAUCUGAUCACGGUUCGUUCCUAAAAGAGAAAAUGGAGAUAUUUUUAUUGGAGUUUGAAAAAUAAUUUACGUCUCAUUUGAAUUUUUUUGUUUUGAUUUUUUUUUUAUUUUUUAUUGCAAGUUUUCUUUAUCCUCAUAAUAAAGAUUGCUAGAAAAACCUUGUUUUCACUUUAUUUUUAGCUGCUUUCUUCCUUUCUAACCUUCUCUAGCCUAUUUUUUUCAAAUGUUCUCAAGGUAUUUUAUUUUUUGAUGCUAGCGUUUUGAGAUUUUCUUCUUGUUCAACUUUGAAUUUUUCUCUGGAUCCGCUUUUUUGAUAAUUUUCUCAACUUAACUAUGAAAAAAUCAGCUUUUUCCAAUCUACACAGAGAGCUUCAGGGUUUUAGUUGACCGCUUAGAAAUCCCUAUAGGGGUCACUUAAAUUGGACCCCUAUAGGGACCGUUUUAACGGAUUGUGAGUAGGGUGACCGAAAAAUCAAAGUCGCGAGCACAAAAAGUACCGUAUCUCAAUAAUUACUACAGUAACCCAAGAUGGAAUGUACAGAUAAAGUUCCUAAAAUUGCAUUACCUAUCGAUUGAUAUACAACUUGCCUAGAGAAAGCUUGUCAAUUCUUAGAUACGCAGGUGACCACCUUCCUACCGUAACCCGGUUAGAGGAAAUGACUCAAAAAAUCGUUUCCGCAAUCCUGACGUCAUAUGAUAACAUUGGUUGAAAUUUCAUUGAAAUCGAAAAAUUUUUUUUUUUCUGUACCCGCUGUUUUUGAGAAAAUUUCGAAAAUUAAAGAGACAGCGUGCAAAAUUGCCCCACACAGGGGUUCUUCAAACAAAAAACAAAAAAGGAACCUCUUGAAAAUGUCUCAGAUGCUCCCUUCACUCGGACCUUGGUAACGCGAAUCGGACGUGUCGGUGCAUUUCAUUUUAGUGACCACUUUAGUAGCCUCAGAACUCUUAAGCGAUCCCUUGAAUUGUCCAGAAACGUCCGUUUUGCGAGCAAAGAAAUGCGUGCGAUAGAGCGCACAAGUCAGAAUUGUUUGUAGAUUUACGCCGAUUUCAAUAGCAGUUUCCAGGUAUACGAACAAAUGCCUCUGAUGGUGUCGCCGAAAAUCUACGUCUACGACGCCGAAUUAACCCCCGAAAUGAUUUUCAGCAAACAGGCCGGACCACAGGUGCAUUUCAAUCAACUUUCCAUCAAAAAAAAUUAUUUGAAACAUUCAGGUGACUCGAAUAAUGCAAGGCGUUGGUGAAGAUCUCGCCGAGCUGCUCAAAUUCGACAUAAAUAACACAAAAGUUCGGAUGUUGAUCGCGGAAAUGGUGCACCUCGACUGGAUGAUCACCACCUCCGGCACUUUUGUUCGUUUUUCAUGGAUUUCACGGGAGUUAUCAUCGAUUUUGCAGUUCAACAGCGAGAAGAAAGAACGCUACGAGAUCAUAACCCUCCGGGAACUACAGAGAAUCGCUCCAGCGGUGAGUAAAAAAAAAAGGAAUUGAAGAAGAUUCAGAAAAGGAUACAGUAGAACUCCUUUUAAAAAAAAAUUUUCACUAGGAUUAAAACUAGAAAAAACGGUCAAAACGGCCUAACCAAAGCUCCUAAUGAAAUGGGGCAACCCGGGCGCGCCCUAGGGCCACCCGACCCGCGAGCGGUCACUUCUUCAAAAUCGCCAUUUUUUUCAAUUUUUUCUAGCUUCUUUUCGAUAAUUUUCAACCUGACGGGUCAGGCCGUCCCGGAUGCUUCAAAUUGCGGGUCGACCCGGGCAGUCCCGUCUAGACCUACCGAUACAUCUAGUUUUCGAAAAAAUGUCUGGGUUUUCUCGUUUUUGCAUACUGUUUCAUUUAUCGUUCCAGGAGUAAUUUUUAUUUGAAAAAUAAUUUCAAAACAAUUUUCUGUUUGAGUUUUUUCUUCAUACUUCUUGAAAAACAUUUUUAAUAAUUUUUUUUCGAGCUCCUGAGAAAAUUUUUAGUGGCCACUAUAGAGGCUUGCCAAGGACACUUAAGUGGCCACUAAACCCACCUCUAUAGUGGUCACUUCAGUAGCUUUUCAUCUUCCAGUAACUCUGAUAAUUUUGAAACAAACAGAUUGGACCAGUUAUGUUGAUCCAGUGACCCCUAAAGUGGCCCCUAAAAUUUUUAGUGCUCUAGUAGUAGCACUUAGACCUCUAAAAGGCCACCAAUUUUUAACCCCUUGAGUGGCCACUAAUUUGACUACUAUAGUGGCCAAAAUUUUCCUAGUCAAUAAGCUUUCUGGACCUCAUUCAUUUGUUUUGAUGAUUUUUUCUUUUUAUUUUGCGUUUUUUGAAAAAAUUUGGAUUACGCCCAAUAAGUAUAUUUCCGUCUUACCGAUUUAUCUAAAACUUCUUCAUUUUAGUUCCAUUUUUUUCUGUCUGGAAACGUUCGAAUUUUACGGGAGAUUUUUAAGAUCGAUUGGCGGUACUUUCUCUCACGGCUUCUUGGCGUCCGCCUGAGUUUGGACGAGCCGAUCGCCCUGAAAACGGGCCGAGAAUGGCUGGAGAAGCUGUCGAUGAUCAUCGGACGACUGCGAGUUUCGCGCCACGGUCUAGCAGUUCUGAAGAACUACGCGAAAUGGAAGGCGAUGCUCUUUCAUCUCGCCUACGUCAAACCGAAAAGCGCCGAUAACCUUCUUUGGGUUUCUUCUGAUUUUCAAAUCAAACGAAACAAUUGAUGUCUUCAGGCAGCAGUUGGUCUGUAUUCCGGGCCGCCGAUCAACCGGAAAGAGUUUUGUUUCUUGCGAGGAACCGGCAUUUAUCCUCUCUCUUUGCCGUCUUUAUUGAGAAAGAUCGAUGGCUAUGAGAACACGGUCAAGGUAGGAUAUUGAGGGAAAUGUUCAUUACUUUUUGAAAACUUUGAAAAUUCAGCUCCAGAACCAGAAUCUGAAUCACAAGUUGAAUUUUUGAAAAUGCAGAUCUCAAUGCUUUGAAGUACUUCCCUCUAGCUUUAGAAAGCUUGUAGAAGAGCUCUGAAAUCUGAGAAAAAGAAAAAGUACAAAAUUUUGAAUUUUUGAAGAUACUGUGAAAAACAUAAAAAUUACAACAAAGUCUAAUUUUAAAGUUGAUUCCUAUAUUUUUUUCUUUCUGAAUUUUUGACUCUGUGAAAUCAAUAAAAAUUGAUUUGGGAAUAAGAUUUCAUUUUUUCCUUUUUCCGUUUCGAUUUUCAUCGCCUAUGCUUGAAUCAUCUUCCUUUCGAUGUUGCGAAAUAAUGGGAAUCAUUGAAUUUCCUGAGUCUUCUCCCUGUUUUUCGCUCCUUUAGCAUAGGCAAAGUCGGAGAGGGUGGAAAAAAGGCCUAGAAAUGUUCCUUUUAGGAUGACGAAGGCUGCCAUUUUGCUGCCUUUUUGCGCCAUUUUCUCGGCCCUUAUGCACUAUUUUUUCUGCUUCUCCCUUUCUCCAUCAUUUCUCCAGCCUUUAAAAUCCCAGAAAAAUGAGAGGCUCGAUAAAGGGACCCUUUUUGCUGCCUUUCUGCGGCCUUUUUUGAGCCUCUCCCUUUUAGCGGCAAUUUUUCACCAUUCUGACUUUGCCCGAGAUCUCAUUUUCGUACUUCCUGUUUCAAAGUUUUCUAAAUUACUUUGGAGGUUAGGAGAUAAUGUUAGUUUUUCGUUAUUAGUUGGUCAUUCAUUCAUUUUCACUAAAUGAACUGACAAGUUCAUUUCACUUUUUGCUUGGAAGUUGAACAAAAAUUGAUCAGAACACUUCCAGAUGUACCAGAUGAAGAUUAUUAAAGUUUCGAACCUGAAAAACUCCAAAAUUUUCGAGAAAAGAUAUCUCAAAGUCGAAGAAAACCAUCAAAAUUAGUUAAAAUAAGUUAUUUUUGGGAGGUUGGGCGUGUUUCUCGAAAACUAGAAAGUUGGGCAGGUUGAAACUUUCCUAGCCUUCUUUUGGUUCAUCAAGGAGUGUUCUGGCCAAUUUUCAUGAAAUUUUAAACCCAAUUUUAAAUGACCUUUUUGUGAGAAAUCAUUUGUAUUUUGAAGAAAAAAAAACUUUUCUAUCGACUUCGUAAUACCCAAAAGAAUAUCAAGACAUGAAAUCGCAUGUAAAUGCGUUUUCAGAACAAAGUGUACGUGGAGAACAUGGCGAGCAACGUCAUCGAGGAGUACAAAAGAAUCCUGGAAACGACGACAGUUUUGGAUAAUGUGACCAAACGAAAUGCUCUCGAUAAGGUUUUUUUGAAAGGAUAAGUUCCCUUCAAAGAAUAAUUUGUAGUUGGGAAACACGUCGGUGUUGGUCAGCUACCCGGACAAGAUGAACGACGAGACGGAGAUGAACAAGGAGGCCAAGAGGGUCGGAUACCAUCUAUUUUUUCAAGUAUUCUUCCUUUGUUUUCAGCUACGAGACGAACUGUUCUGGUCCAUGGCGAUUGGGGCUGCUGAAGCUUACAAAGAACGGCUGAGAAGGUUACGGCAGCCUGUAGAUCCCAGGUUUGUAAGUGGAAAAAUUGGGUUAGGAAGAUGAAGCUUGAUAUUUUUAACCUGAAGCCUUUCAUUAAUGUAAAUUUCGAACUAGAGGUAGUUUUUUUCAAAACAACUGGAGAAAGUGUUAGUGGCCACUAUAGGGGUUUGACGUUUUUUUGGCCACUAUAGUAAUCAAAUUAGUGGCCACUAUAGGGGUUUGACGUUUUUUUGGCCACUAUAGUAAUCAAAUUAGUGGCCACUUAAGGGGUUGAAAAUUAGUGGUGAACAUAGAGGUCUAAGUGCUACAACCACUAAAAAUUUUAGUGGCCAGUUUAGGGGUCAAUGGAUCAACAUAACUGGCCCAAUCUGUUUGUUUCAAAAUUAUCAGAGUUACUGGAAGGAAUACUGGAUGAAAAACUACUGAAGUGGCCACUAAAUAGAGAGCCCCUGUAGUGGCCACUGAAACGGAAAAGUUGGCCACUAUAGAAGUGGGUUUAGUGGCCACUUUAGUGUCCUUCCAAGUAGUCCUUGUCGAGCCUCUAUAGUGACCACUAAAACGUCAAAACCCUAUAGUGACCACUAAAAAUUUCCCCAGAAAGAACGUUUGACGAGCCCAAAACAUCGAACCACCUUGUCCGAUCGUUAUGUUCCAGCCAUAGAUUUUCUGAGAAUUCAUUUUCAUUGUCCAAGAGUCUUUCAGAAACUUCUAAGAGAAGAAGUUGUAGAUGGAAUGAUGUCCUUGUUAGAAGUUCCAGAUUGAUAAUGGACUUCUUCUUCCAGAGACUGGGUUGAUACAAAACCGGCGCUCUCCAUGACCCCCAUCCACAACUACGAGCGGAACGUCGUCCAGCUCCCUUUCGACGUCGUCCGAUCUCCCUUGGCCGACUUCACCAGCAUGGAGUCAGUUUCAGAGAGAAGUUUCAGAGCGUCACCGUGGAAAAUUUCAAGCUCGAUCUUUUUUCUGUCAAAUCACCGUAUACCCUUGCUGCGGAAUUCGCUCCGAGACCUGUUUCUUGCAAUUUUAUGAAGCAAAAGCUGUUCAGAACUUUAAAAAAAAUUGCGAUUUUCGUCUCAAAUACUUUUUUAUAUUUUUUCCUGACUGCAAAAGGUUCAUAACAACUUGAAUUUUCCUCAAAUUUUUUCAAGGUUUCAUAUACAACGAUUUUUUUUCUCUUAGAUGUUUUAAUUUUUGGCAAGCUUUCCUCAUGCUUUCAGUUUUUUUUCAUGCGAUUUUUUGAAGUGAAAACAUAAAAAAGCUGUCUUACGGUAGCUUUUCUUCAGUUGUGUCUAAAAACUCACCUAUCGCCAGAAAAAUAUCAUACUUUACAGUUUCGCCAACUACGGGGCUGCCGGAACUUACAUCGGCCACGAGCUGACACACGCUUUUGAUGAACAAGGUCUGUUUUUUUUUAUUUGGGGUGCAGGGAAAGUUGGACGGUUUUCUUUUAAAUGGCUACUUUUUGGAACUUCUCAAGUUUUGAAGGCUUUCAAUCCUUAAAAUUUUUCAAGAGGAAAUGAGAUUUUUACAGAUUAAAAUUAUAGAUUUUGUGCUUUUUCUGAGUAUUUUCAAAGUCAAACUUCAAUUAGAUUAUUUUAUGUGUAUAAGAUUUGAGAGCAUUUUUCUGAUGGAAAAGAGAAAAAUUGAGAAAAAAUAAAGUUAUAGUCUAGAGAACUGCUCGUAUUUUGAAGAAAUAUGUUUUUUGAACCGCUACUUAAAAACGGUCAAAAAAAACCUUUUCAAACUCUGAAAAUUGGAAAAAUUGCCAUCAUUAAAACCCUUUGGACGACUUAUCCAGGACGGCGUGAUCCAUGGUUCCCAGGGAAUUUAAUUGAAAACCGGGCGAUAAUUCCCGUCAGUCCCCCCAGUAGAAAAAGGGGAAAAAUGCGGUUGUUUUUGCCGGGCUGAGGACCGAAGGCGAGUUGCAAUUUGGCUAAUUGGCAUCGAGAGGCCGCCUACGCGACUUUUCCCACAAUACGCGGAAAUGCGGCUUUUUUUAGAAACCCUUAUUGGCAACGUCGGCCGUCGUUCAUUAGCGGCCAGGCUUCUUGGGUUUCAAAAGAGCAAAAUGAUUCGGGUUGUACUGAAAACAGAAGGAUGAUUAGUUGCGAAAUUGCGCCCUUUCGAGUAGAAGGGGGGUUCAGGCUUGUGCGAGAGCCGGCCAUUUUCUAAUCUUGGCCCAGCCGGGCCUUAGAGAGGCCUCAGGCAAAAAAAUUAUAGCCCAAAAGCUCAAAUGUUCAUUCCAAUAUCAAGCUUUUUACCAAAAAUUCCCCCCCCCCCUCGAAGACUGACCUGGCCUGGACCAAGUCCGCCCAAGCUUCCUCGCAAAAAUGAAGCCCGAUGCCUGCCCGGGGGGCCUGAUUUGUAAAUCUAGCGGCGAAAAGCUGGACUUUUCCAGAAAUGACCUACUUAAUCGAUCUGUGGAGAUUAAAUUUUUCUGAUCUCAUUACUUGACAUUUUCUAGAAACUCGUGAUUUUGAGCUUCUGGAAGGCGAUGUUAACUUAAAAAUGAGAUUUGAGAAAUUAUUUGUCUUUAAAGAAUAGGUUUUCGACUAUUAAAACUGAUAUAUGAAGCCAUAGAGCACAUAUUCCGCGCCCGCUUACAUUUCCUAUGACUACAGAGCCCUUCCCUUCGAUGCACGCGACCUGUCUAUGUGCAUGCGCCUUUAAUAUAUGUGACUUUUGAGCUAAAUUAAAGGCACAUCCAAAAAGACAGACGGUGCCCAUCGAAGGGAAGGAUUCUGUAGCUCGGAGGAAAAUAAAAAUCGUGACAAGCUGCCGUGGAAUUGGUUAUACAGCUUUUUAAAAAACUUGAUUUUGAUUUUAAAAUUUAAAAAAAACCCUGUAGUUUUGAUCAUAAAUUAGUCAGCUUCAUUCCAAUUUUGAAAAAAGACUAUAAAUUUGAUCAUCAGUUAGUCAGCUUCCUUUCAGGUAAUCAAAAAGGCUGUAAAUCUGAUUUUCAGUGUCAGCCUCAGCUUGGUUUAAACUUACUUUACUGAUGCAUUUAGACAUUUUUAUGUUCCCCUUUCAACUUUGGAAACUAGUCUAACACCGUGACGAAGUAAACCGAAAAGCCAACACAUUUCCUGGUACUUUGCUCCUCCAACGUGGUCAAACAAAAAAUGAGAAGGUCUCGGCAAUUAAGGGGCGAAAUCGCAAGACUGCCAAUCCGUGCAAACAUCUCGACACAUGACAUCAUUCGCCUCGGGGCUCAAUUUUCGUGAGCAAUUUGUUGCGAUUGCCCCCCAAAAACCCACGCAUAUAACCGCGUUUGCCACGCGUCCUAUUUAAUUACCUCAUAGUUUUUUCCCCCUGCAAGGAUUUGGAUGAAUUUCGAAUUUUGAAAUUGAGGGAUCGCGAGGAAAAACAUUGAAAUAAAGUGGACGGGGGGGGCAUAUGAUGGAUACAACUGCGAACUUCAAAAAAAGUUACGGAAGGGAUGUCUAAAAAAAUCUAAUUUUUGAGCUAAUCGUGAAGAGAACGUUCCUAAUAUCGUAUAAAGACUACUAUGAAUGAGUUUUGAAGUUCUUUUUUCUUCAAGCUUUUGAAAAAUGCUUCAUUUCCAAUAAAUGGACCGUUUUUCAGUGAUAUCAUCAUCAAAGAAAAAAUCUCGAAUUUUUCGAAGCUACCAAGAUUUUUCUCUGUAAUUUUUUGGGUUUUUCCUCUUGAAAGCUCAAGAUAAAGACAUAAUUUCGAAUGUCAAAAAAACCUACAAGGACUGUAUAUUUCGAUCUAAAUAUUAAUUCCCCCUGAAAAUUAUCCCUGAAAGUCCAGAGAAUUUUAUAAAAAUUACCCAAGUUACCUCGCGACUUUUUUUCUUCCAAGAAAGGAAUUUACAAAAUUGAAGUGAAACAAAAAAAUCUAUAGAAAAACUUUGCGGUAGGUACACUCUUACUGGUAUGACGGAUAUCAAUCAAAAAAAGGGUUUUUUUAUAAAAAUUGUCAAGUCUUGAAGUGAAAAUAGUCAGUUCCAAUACUAAAAAAAUGAUCAUAGAGAAACGUAUUUUUAUAUUAAAUUUAGUUUUUGACCGAUUCACUACAAGAACGGCGCAUAGAGCAUCUUCUGUAGAGCAAAAUUACUUCACUAGGAAGAAAGUUUGGGUUUUUUUUGUGUUUUUCUACAGUAAGCUUGAAAGUGGGCGGAGCUUAAUGAAACAUGAUUCGAAAAAUUCUUGCUUAUAUGGUAGUGAGAAGAGCUCCCAGGAACAAAGUUGAAAUUUUUGUAUCAAACGAAAAUCUCGACGUGUGUUAAGAGAAGCUGUGGCCUUGAAUCUUCCAUCAAUGCUCGAAAACCAAAAAAAAAACGAGAAUAAUAUAUUUUCAGGCAAACUUCAUGGUCCGACCGGAAACCUCGGCCAUUGGUGGACCGGCGAAUCUCGAAGGAAAUUUGUAGAUCGCGAACAGUGUUUCGUCCGCCACUACACCCAUCUGGCUGGAUCCGCUGACGUCAGUUUCCAGAAUCCCAGCUCUUUUCAUCAGAAAUUCUAUUUUAGACAAGUCAAGCCAAAGUUUCCCUCUAUGAGAACAUUGCCGAUAAUGUUGGCUUGAAAGUCGCCUACCAGGUAGCAAGAAAAGUCCCAAAAAUCAUCCUAAAAGAUUUUUUUAAGGCUUGGCAAAAACACGGCCGGAACCGGGAAGCGCCAGUUCCAGGACUCGAAAAAUAUUCGCAGGACCAACUUUUCUUCCUUUCUUUUGCACAGUCGUGGUGCGCCCUCAAGUCGAAGAUCAAUAGAGAAGUGCACAUGGAAGAGAAAAUACGGUAGGUUCUACAGUAAUCCGCAAAAGCGUUGCAAGACAUUUCGAAGAAACAGGCAAAAUAAUAGCUAGUAAUUUUUCGACUUUUAGAAGCUUUUUACAUAGAACGAAACAUGAACAUGUAAAACUGAAAAUAGAGAUUAGUUUUCCUGGAAAAUUUCAACUGAAAACUUCACAUUUCUAGUCAAAUUUAAACUGAUAAAUGGAGCUUUCUCAGGGUUUUUCUUGAUCAAAUUCAUUUUUUUUUUAUUAUAAUAAACGUUCUCAACACACUGAUUUUUUUACUACGAACAGAAAUCAAAAAAAUUUGAAUGAAGUCAAAAAGUUUUAAAAAAACCAGUCUUUAAUUAACACAGAAAAAUCAUAAAUUCUCGAUUUUUUUAAAAAAAUGUUUGAUUUACAAAAAAAGAAAGGGCUUUUUAUGGAUAAUUUAAUAUAUUCCAACAACGGUUUAGUGGACCCAAAAUGACGAAAUUAGAUUUUUUUCUGCAAAAUAAAAAAAAAAAAUUAUUCCAGCAAUUCUUGAUUUCUAUUUUAAACAUCUAAAAGUUUCUAGUUCCCCUCUCUAAAUUUUUCUUUCAUAUCAAUUUUUUUCAAAAAUGAGAAUAUUUUUUUCUUUUUUUAGCAUUUUUCUUCUUUGUGAAAGGGAAGAAACUCAUCAAAGUUAUAUUGUGAAAUUGUCACCACGGAACGUUUUUGCCCACCCCCCCGUUUGAUCUUUUGCUGAAACUUUGCUGAAGUUUACUUUAGGGCCUCCUGAUCUAAGAACAAGAAAAAUAUUUCUCACAAUAGAUCUUGUUUCCGAGUUAUGGAGCUUUAAAGUGCGCAAAAUACGCAAAUUAUGACAAAAAGCGUUAUUUUGAGCUUUUGAAAUGUCCUAUCUCGAUAUCAAGAUCUAUUGCGAGAAAUUUUCUUUUUGUUCUGGAAUCAGGGGGUCUUAAAGUACACUUCAGCGAAGUUUCAUCAAAAUUUCAAACAGGGGCGGGGGGAACAUUCCCUAGUCAGUCAAGUAUUCCAUGACUUACCUGUUUUUGACAAGUUAUUUAUUAAAAUUCGAAAGUUAUGGCCAAUCCUUGCUGAAUUUAAACCCUGAUUCAUUAACUGUUUCCCAAUUACAGAGUGCUGGGGUCUCUUCAGAACUCGAAAGAGUUCGCCGCCGCGUUCUCCUGUCCCACCAACAGUUUCAUGAACCCGAGCGUCAAAUGCGAACUCUGGUGA